AAGAGGAAGUAUUCGAACGAAUCAGUUGUAUUAUUUCGUUUAACCAUGAAAUACUUCGUAGUAUUCGCUCUCUGUGUAGCUGCCGCCACCGCUGCCGCCAUUCCCGAGGAAGAACGUAUCAACGGUGAAAACGGUUGGUAUGUUCCCCAAGCUGAUGGAUCCUUCGAAUGGGUCGAUCUUGAUGAAGCCGAAAGUUUCUUGGAAGCUGCUGAACAAUUAGAAGGACGUUUGUCCACCAACCCUGUCACCUUCUUGUUGUACACCAGAUCCAACCCCAACGGUGUAGAAAUCACCACCUCCUCCAAGACCAUUUCCGCUUCCACCUUCAACCCCGCACAUCCCACCAGAUUCACCAUCCACGGCUGGACAUCCAGCAAAGAUGACUUUGUCAACUAUGGUAUCCGUGAUGCUUUCUUUAGCGUAGGUGACUACAACAUGAUUACCGUCGACUGGGGUCGUGCUCGUUCCGUUGAUUAUGCUUCCUCCGUUUUGGCUGUUCCCGGUGUUGGUGCGAAGGUUGCCAAAUUGAUUGAUGUCUUGGUUAAGAAUCACGGUAUGAAAUUGGACGAUUUGGAAAUCAUUGGUCACAGCUUGGGAGCUCAUGUUGCUGGUUUCACUGGCAAGAACAUUUCUACCGGUAAAGCUCACACCAUUAUCGGUUUGGACCCUGCCCUACCCUUGUACAGCUACGACAAACCCGACAAGCGUUUGUCCAGCACUGAUGCCUACUAUGUUGAAUCCAUUCAAACCAACGGCGGCAAAUUGGGCUUCUUGAAACCCAUUGGCAAGGGUGCUUUCUACCCCAACGGUGGCAAAUCUCAACCUGGUUGCGGUAUUGAUGUUACUGGCAGCUGCUCCCACAGCCGUUCCGUUGAAUAUUUUGCCGAAGCUGUUGCUAAAGACGAUUUCACCACUGUCAAGUGUGAAAACUACGAAGAUGCCGUUGCCAAGAGCUGUGGCUCCACUUAUAGCUCCGUUCGCAUGGGUGCCGAUACAAACGCCUAUAUGGUUGCUGGUGAUUUCUAUGUUCCCGUCAACAAGGAAUCUCCAUAUGGCAAAUUGGCUUAAGUU